GGAAAUACGCUUCGAGUAUAUAAAAUCAUCCACGAAGGCUACAUUUUUUCAACCAAAUCCUUCACGCCGAUUCUGUUCACGGAAACAGUCAACAGCCGAUCGACAUGUCGCGCGUUUUGUUCCUAGUCUGUUUCUGCCUAAUUUUUGGCGGGGAACUGGCGUCUGCACGCAGAGGUGGCGGUCACCACGGUGGUCACAAGGGACACAGGGGCAGACCGGGACGAAUGUGUGACAGCACUGAAGAUAUCUGCCGUUACAUUAAUGUUACUGGGACUACCUUGACAAUUGACCAUAUUGGCUACACCACAGCCUGUCGUUGCUUUUCGUCGGAAGGUCCAGGAGAAAAUGGCCCUCCUGGAUGCGAGUGGUUGCCAGAGGGUGGUUUCCAUGGACACAGAGUGGAUCGAAUUGGCAGGUGUCAGGAUAUGGCUCAGGUAUGCUUGUAUAUUGACCAUAGACGUCAAGGCAAGAUAAUAACCUGGGAAAACAGUGCAACAUUUUCCUGCAAAUGCCAUUCUGCUGAAGGGCCGUCAGAAAACGGCCCAGUUGGUUGUAACUGGGAAGCACCAACCGGUCUUUUACUCCCCGAGGAUUGAGCCAAAAUCAGCACCACCCGCCGGUUUGUCAUCCUAAGGCAACGGUCUUCUGCUAGAGGAUAAGACAAGUGUAUAUUCUAAAUACGGUGCGCAAUUACAUGAAUGUGAAAAAUGCAAUUAUAUCCAAAAAGAAAAAUAAAGAUUGAUCACAGGCAA